AUGGAACAGGAUCCGCAGACAAUUGAAUCCGUGCGCGCCAAACAGAAACACCAAACCAAACACAAAGUCGAACGUGAUGUUCUCGAUGCCAAAACUAGUCACCAGAUUCUUGAGAGCCAAAUGGGCAACCAUGAGAACCGUCAGCAUCGGAAUGUUGUCUCUGAAGAACCGGUAUUGGCUAUCGCUAUUGUCGACCUUUCUACCAAACAGCCAUCCGUCACUCAAGAUCCGCUCGUAUCUGUAGUAGUUCGGGUUGGUUUCGUUGCUGGCUUCCAUCGCGGUCUUGACCAUCAAUGGAACGACAAUCAGGAAGGCCACCGCGUAAAACUUGAACUCGAGCUCACUCAUUUGUUGAUACCUCUCUUUUCCAAGAAGUCCUUGGCCUCGUUGAUCUUGGUGGCCAGGAACGGAGACCCGCCCUUGUCCGGGUGGUUCAGCAGCAUGAUUCUUCUGUGGUUCUCCUUCAACUUGGCUUUGGACAAAGUGCUUUCCUUCAGGUCCAGUAUUCUCAAGGCUUCUCUGGCGUUCAUCUUUGGGUCAAACCCUCCCUUGUAA